GGGAGAGCGGGAGGAGGAGCUCUGCGCGCGCUCCAGAGAUGGAACGUUGCUACAGUUCUCUGGUCUGACUGCUAGGGGCCCAAACUGCACGCUGGGAGCCGCUGCGCGCCAAAGCGGGAAUCCAGGAGGCGGGAAGUUCUGCAAUUAAUGCACGUAUUUAAAACUCCGGACCCAGUGGACGCCAUGCACAGGAAGCACCUCCAGGAGAUUCCGGACCAGAGUAGCAACGUUACCACCAGCUUCACAUGGGGAUGGGACUCCAGCAAGACUUCUGAACUAUUGUCAGGCAUGGGGGUUUCUGCCCUUGAGAAGGAGGAGGUAGACAGUGAGAACAUACCCCAGGACCUGCUUUCAAACCUGGGCCACCCACAGAGCCCCCCACGGAAAAGGUUGAAGAGCAAAGGAAAUGAUAAAGAUUUUGUGAUCAUCCGCAGGCCUAAGCUCCAUCGAGAGAACUUUCCAGGUGUUUCAUGGGACUCCCUCCCAGAUGAGCUGCUCCUAGGGAUUUUUUCCUGUCUGUGCCUACCCGAGUUGCUGAGAGUCUCUGGUGUGUGUAAGAGGUGGUACUGCCUCGCGUUUGAUGAGUCUCUUUGGCAGACCCUAGACCUUACAGGUAGAAAUCUGCACCCAGAUGUCACUGGUCGGUUGUUGUCUCGAGGAGUAGUUGCCUUCCGUUGUCCACGAUCAUUUAUGGACCAACCAUUGGUUGAACAUUUCAGCCCUUUCCGCGUACAGCACAUGGACCUGUCGAACUCAGUUAUAAAUGUGUCUGCCCUCCAUGGCAUUCUGUCUCAGUGCGCCAAGCUGCAGAAUCUAAGCCUGGAAGGCCUACAGCUUUCAGAUCCCAUUGUCAAUAAUCUUUCCCAGAACUCAAAUUUAGUGCGACUAAACCUUUGUGGGUGUUCUGGAUUUUCUGAAUCUGCCCUGAAGACUUUGCUAAGCAGCUGUUCCAGACUGGAUGAACUGAACCUGUCCUGGUGUUUUGACUUUACGGAAAAGCAUGUGCAAGUGGCUGUCACACAUAUGUCAGAAACAGUCACCCAGCUGAAUCUUAGCGGCUAUAGAAAGAAUCUCCAGAAGUCAGAUGUCUGUACAUUAAUUAGAAGAUGCCCCAACCUUGUCCACCUAGACUUAAGUGACAGUAUCAUGCUAAAGAAUGAUUGCUUUCCAGAAUUUUUCCAGCUUAACUACCUCCAACACUUAUCACUCAGUCGGUGCUAUGAUAUAAUACCUGAAACACUACUUGAACUUGGAGAAAUUCCUACACUAAAAACACUACAGGUUUUUGGAAUCGUGCCAGAUGGUACCCUUCAACUGUUAAGGGAAGCCCUUCCUCAUCUGCAGAUUAAUUGCUCCUAUUUCACCACCAUUGCCAGGCCAACUGUUGGCAAUAAAAAGAAUCAGGAGAUAUGGGGCAUCAAAUGCCGCCUGACACUGCAAAAGCCCAGUUGCCUGUGAAGUACUUAUUGCAGGAUGGUAUCUGUUCUUCCUUUGGAAUGGGGGAAAUAGGCAGUUAGCCCAACUGCUGGACAUUGGGCUAGUUUUAUUACUGAUUUGCCUUUAGCCUUUGUCCUGCGAGGAUUUUAGGGAAGCGUUUGAGAGAAUAUGAAGUGUUGCUUUUUUAAAAAUGACUUUAAAAGCUUCUGUCAACUCUGGGCCCUUAAAAGCCUUCAGAAAUUUUAGGAGAAUGAGCCUAUAAUUCCACGAUGACUUUUUAAAGAUCAAAAUUUGAGCCACCUCUGUCAAAUGCCCUUUUGAUUAAGUCUGUUUUGAAUCAAGCUUAAAAAAUUACAAUAGGCUAACAAUUUUCACAGCCUAUAUGGUAACUUCUAUGCAUUUUCCAGUAUUGUUUUAUAAGACACGGCUUAGAAGAACAUCGAGCUAUGUAUGUAUUGAGCUGAAUGGUCACAGAAUAGUGUCUUUUUGGGGGGCUAAUGAAUUUUAUCUUUACAUUUAAAAUUAGUUUAUCAGAAAACCCCAUGUAAUUCACCAUUACCCUUAAAUUAAAAGAAAGAUAUCAGAGGCUUAAAAUUGGUAUAGGAUUUGAAGGCUUGGGAGGCAAUUUUAUAUGCCAGCUUAAUCUGAAGAAUCCUUUAACAUUCAAUGUACUGUGUUCCCAGAAUUUUAAAUUAAGUGAAGAAAUAUUGUGGUUUUCUAACUUUAUAAUCAAAUUAUGUUAUUAUGGGUUGUUUAGCUUUUUUUAAAUGGCUUGCUUUUAGAAAGGGGUAUUAUCCUAAUCAGUCUCUUCUUGAAAAGUUGAAUGGGAGAAUUCUGAACUGAUAAUGCCUAUUUUUCUUUAGUGCUGAGGUUAUUUUUGUAUUACUCUGGAAUCAAGUAUUUUAAAUUGUCUUUUUUUUAAUGGUCUCUCAAAGUAAUUGUUUGAAAUUACACUUUAUAAGUUACUGGACCUGAGAACAGCUUGUUCCUUUAAAUCAGAAAUGCACACUAGAAGCAGGCGUUCCCCGCAGUGCACUUGGCCACUGUUUACACCUCCAUCCUGUAGAAGAGUUUAGACUCACAUGUUGAAACCUUUGAUGGCAUGAGUGAUUUUAAAGACCUGGUACAUAGAAGCAAACAGAUUAAAUGCUUUUUAAAAAUCACCAAAAAAUAAACCUAGUUUUUAAGUUGAUGACCUAUUUUCACAGUGCAACCAAAAAAGCCAAAACCCAUCAUCUUUUCUAUUAACCACUUCUUUAUUCUGAGAGUCACUUGGGUAGCACAUUUGUUUACAUACUAACUAUCCUGAGCUUCGCUCAAGCAGGUCUCAACUCAACCAGUCAGUUCUUGUAUUGAAUAAAUUUGAUAAAAUUGUCAUUUUUAUAUU